AUGACGGGAGACUCGAAGGUGAAGGUUCCCAUGGCGUUUGGUACUAAGUUAACACCAUCUCUGGAAAAGCCUGUUGUUGACGUGACUCUCUAUCGUCAAAUGAUAGGAUAUAUCAUGUAUCUAACUGCUAGUAGACCAGAGAUUAUGUUUUCUGUCUGUUAUUGUUCCAGGUUUCAAGCUAAUCCUAGAGAACCUCACAUGGUGGCAGUGAAGAGUGUUUUUCGCUAUUUGAAGCGAACCUCGUCACUCAGUCUCUGGUAUCCAGCAAAAUCCGGGUUCUUUGUUCAAGCCUUUUUUGAUGCUGAUCUGGGUGGAUGUUGUCUAGAUAGAAAGAGCACAACUGGAGGAUGUCAGUUCCUUGAUGGUAAACUUGUUAGCUGGCAGUCCAAGAAGCAAACAUGUGUGUCUCUCUCAACAACCGAAGCUGAGUACAUAAUUGUUGCUUCAUGUACCUCACAAGUAGUCUGGAUACAAAGUCAACUUAAAGACUAUGGGCUGAGUAUGAAGAAGAUGUUGGAUUAA